GCAGCCGGCCAGCAGGCUGAGGGGCCAGGCGAGUGCAGCGUGCAUCUGGAAGGACCCUACCCGUCCCAUUAGGCUCGGAGCUGCUGAGCGACCAUGCUCCAGAACCCAGUCUUCCCAGAUCUGCUCUGCACCCUCCUGGCACCUGCCACAGACGCAUCUGGGCCUCCAGAUGUUCCCCAGCCCCCUCCGAGGACGCCCUUUAGCAUCGAGGCCAUCCUCUCCAAGCCGGAGCCGCAGCAGAAGGGCACCGCCUCUCCCAGAGAGCCACCCCACCUGCCUCUGGAGUGGCACAGCUGGAUGUACCCAGCUGCCCACUCCGUGGGCCUCCUGCCCUGCCCAGCCCUGCAGCUGGAGAAGCCACGCCAUGGGGCUCUGCACCAGCAGCUGCAGAGAGGCUGCCUGGUCUCUCUUCCCAGCUGGAAGCAAGACAGCCUGGAGGUGUCUUGUGGCGUGGGCACGCCGGGCCCGCCUGCCCCAUGGAGAGCCAGGGGGCCCUGUAAGAUGAAGAGGGUCCGCACGGUCUUCAAACCAGAGCAGCUGGAGCGGCUGGAGCAGGAGUUCCUCAAGCAGCAAUACAUGGUGGGCACCGAGCGGGUGGACCUGGCCACCGCCCUGCGCCUCACAGAGACCCAGGUGAAAGUCUGGUUCCAGAACCGGAGGAUCAGGUGGCGCAAGCAGAACCUGGAGCAGAAGAAAGCGAAGCUGUUGCGGUGUAGAGGGACACAGCCUGUCCUGACGGACUUGGAGAACAAGGAGGAAGACACGGUGGAUAUAGAGGUCUAAUGGGCUUGAGACUUCCCUGCUACAGACAUUGCUCUUGCCAUGGAACUAGUGGAGGUUUACAGCUACGUCCAGAGAGAAGACUGACCGAUGACGUGUACCAGGGAGCUCAGCAGCUGCUCCACACAUACCGGACUGGCCUGGCGCUGCUUAGGAUGAGUUCAUGAUACGCAGCUCGCACAGUCGGGCAGCAUCACACUAACACCGGGGGCCUGCUCGUCAGGUCAGCUGCGCGAGGGCAGUGUCCAUGUGAGGACCCGUGUAUAAAACCAGGUCCCUCGCAAUUCUCUCUUUUCUCAUUCAGAAUGCAGGCUCCUUCCCAGCAGCAAGACUGGGGUUAAAAUCAGAGAUGAGGGUUGGUGACAAUCAUAGAUUCAGCUCCAGGUAUCAGUGCAUCUAAACGCAUGUGCUGCUGUGGUUUAUCAGCUUCCCAGGUAGGGUAACCCUGGCAGGGAAGGUGCAAAGAGAAUCUGGCUCCGGAUUUUUACCCUAGUGGCUUCGCCAGUUCAUGUCAGGUUUGAAGUUCAGGUCUGAACACAAAGUUGCCCCACUGCACUUUGCAGUAAAGUCAGCGGGAUCUGACCAUGCGAAGGCGAAAGAAGCCCAAGGGGCCAUCAUACUGCCACAAACACAGUUCUAAUGGGAGCUUUGUGAUGCAGCUGCUGUCCCUAACUAGUGAACCCCAAUUCUCAUCUUAUUUACACCGAUCCUCCACUGGUGUAGCUCUGUUACCUGCCAUGGAGUUAUUCCUGAUUCUACAGGCACGAGAGGAGACUCGGGGCCUUUCACUUCAGGGUCAGGCUGCACGAUCAAGCCCUAAAGAUGGAACAUUUUGCAGUCCAAGGGGUAGUUUUCCGAAAGCUGUAAGUGCCUGGGGCUUAGAAUGAAAGUGCCUCCCCGUAGACCUCCUGCAGUGCUACAUUAAGGAUUUGUACAUUUUUGCCUCUCUUCUGGCCUGCAAAGCCCAGAUCAAAGACCUCAGUCCAUCCCUACGCACAUACUGCAUUACCUUGCGCGUGCAGAGAGGCGCUCCUGGGAUAAAUUGUGGGCCUAGCUUUCAGCUCUCUCUCUCCACAGGGCAGGGUUUGGAGCUGGGAUUUUGCUUCAGUCUCUUUCAUGAAUUUGGUUUGGGAUUUCAAACGCUGCCUUUUUACCAAGCAUGGCAUGACCCACAAACCACCAGCAGCCCUCCCAGCAAUGCACACACACUCCCCGUGACACCAGCUGUAGUUGCUCUCUUGUGGCUUCAUCGCUGCAUUACGCACUGGGUGGCAGAGGAAAUAUCUGGUGGGGUAUGCCGGUAGCUCACAACAUUGUGGCUACGUCUACACUGGCAUGAUUUUCCGCAAAUGCUUUUAACGGAAAAGAUGCUCAGGAUAACUUAUUGUGCCUCUUCCUGAACCAAAACAUUGUAAAUAACACGACUCUUCUAUUAUUUAUAGACAUAGCCCUGCCUUUUGGACACUCUUUUAUUUAUUUGCUGCUCCUUUUGCCCCAAUAAAAUCUUGUCUAUUUUAAAAGAGUUUUAAAGAGACGGGAAGUGCCUGUGGGAACUGGGUAGUUCACCCGGGGAUUGGAGCCGGUGGGUGAUGGAGAUGAGGCAGUAUUGCCUUGGUAGAUGGUUCACACCCUCUGUAUGCUGCGUGCAGCCAGGUUCAAAGUGCAGUGUCCCAUCGCGGAUGCACUAGCCGUUUUCCCUCUUGCUUCAUCGACAGCCCAGGAUGGCCCGUGAGAGGGAAGCCAACAAACAGUGCCCCACUGCAAUUCACAAUGAAGUCAAUGGGAUCGGAGCACACUAAGGUGAAAAAACCAAACAGGCCAUAAUUGAUACUGCCCACAAAUGCAGUGCUUGUUGAUUUUAAUGGGAGCUUUGCAAACAGCCUGACGCUGCUGUCCCUAUGUAGUGAAUCCUGAUUCUGAUCACUAAGGCCGUGUCUAGACUGCAGGCUUCUUUCGGAAGAAGCUUUUCUGGAAGAGAUUGUCCAAAAAAAC